AUGAGUGAGAAAGAGUUGCAAAUUCUAGCCGAAAGAGAGGGUCUAAUUGGGAUGAAGAAAGGCAUGCCUCUAAAAUCAUGCACGCAUUUCUUGGCUGGAAAGCAGCAUAGAGCUUCGUUUCAACAUGGACCUGCACAAAGAAAACCUAAUGUAUUGGAUGUUAUGUACUCUGAUGUUUGUGGUCCUAUGACCACUAGUACUCUUGGUGGUGCAAGAUAUUUUGUUACCUUCAUUGAUGAUCAUUCCAGGAAGGUAUGGGCUUACGCACUUAGAACAAAGAUAAAGUGUAUGAAGUUUUCAAGCAGUUUCAUGUCAGCAUUGAACAAGAGACUGGUAUAA